UCGAAAACCUUCCAAUUUAAUGUUUACAUCCUGUCUUAAAUUGAAAAUUGCCAUCACAUAUUAAUAAGCAUCAACCUUUGAUCAUUCACGACGUCCCAAAAUUUGAACUCGUAAUUUGAAACGUUGCAAACCGAGUUUUACCAAUCAAGAGGUAUUCACUUUGAGGACUGUGCAGUGAUCACAGUUAACUAUGCCUUCCAAGAAAGACAAGAUUAUCCUCGGGGCGGCAGGGGCAGUGGGAGCAGGAAUUAUGUCAUGGCGAGCGUUUUUCCCAUGGAUAGGAUAUGAUCUGAAGAUGAUAAAGCAUGGCAAAAGAGCGGGCGGAAGAAUUAUGAAAGAUAUCCAAAAUCAACGUUACCUGAUCAACAUGUUCGAAGAAGCUGUAGAGAAGUAUCCCAAAAAGCCGUUCAUAAUUUUUGAGGACAGAGUGUACACUUAUGAAUUUGUGAAUGAGCAGACUAACAGGGUGGCCAACAUUGCUGCCCAGUGGGGUUUCAAGAUCGGAGAAUGUGUCGCACUCAUGAUAGAGAAUGAACCAGCGUUUAUCUGGACAUUUUUAGGUCUACAGAAGCUUGGUAUCGCUGUGGCGUUCAUUAACUUCCACAUACGGGGAGAUCCUCUAGUUCACACACUGAGGGCAUGCGAGGCAAAGGUGCUCAUCAUUGGACAAGGUGAUUACAUCCUUCCCAAGGUUGAGGAGGUCAGAGGUCAGCUCGGUGACCUGCCACUCUAUGUGCAGGGCCAAAACCUGCUGCCGGGAGCCGGCUAUGUGGCCUGGGAUGAGCUGAUGAGGACCACGUUACCGGUUCCCAUGUGCAGGAGCGUGCGGGCAGGAAUGACACCCACCACGCCUUGCUGCUACAUCUUCACCUCGGGAACGACAGGUCUUCCCAAGCCAGUAAUCAUCACGCAGGUGAAGGCAAUAUCAAUCAGCAAGUUCUUCCAGCUCUUUGACUACUUGCCCACUGACAUUGUGUACACGUGUACACCUCUCUACCACAGUGCAGCAGGAGGUCUGGGACUGAUGAACACUAUAGAUCAGGGUGCCACAAUGGUGCUGAGUAGAAAGUUUUCUGCCAGUCACUUCUUUGAAGACAUUCGCAAACACAAUGUGACGGUGGUACAGUACAUUGGGGAGCUGUGUAGAUAUGUUCUGGCUGUGCCAAAGAGUCCUUUAGAUAAGGUACAUAAAGUGCGCCUUGCAAUUGGCGCUGGAUUGCGCACUGAUAUUUGGAAACAGUUUGAAGAACGUUUCGGGAUCCCGUGGAUUAUCGAGUAUUUUGGCAUGACAGAGGGGACUGCAGCGCUCAUGAAUCUUGAAAAUAAGUUCGGAGCAUGUGGAAGGAUGUCACCAUUCCUUAACAAGUUGGAUCCUACCCCAAAGGUGCUUGUGAAAGUAGAUGUGGAUACAGGGGAGGUAAUCAGGAACAAACAGGGCUUCUGUAUUCCUGUUGCCAUUGGGGAACCAGGUCUGCUUCUUGGUUCCAUACCACCAAUUUAUGCAGACUUAAAGUUCUACAAAGGAAACAAGGAGGUAAACGAGAAAAAAAUUCUGCGGAAUGUUCUCCGUGAGGGCGACAUGUUCUUCAACUUCGGAGACCUUCUCAGUCUUGAUAAAGACUACUUUGUGUACUUCAGGGACCGAGUUGGGGAUACAUUCAGAUGGAAAGGGGAGAAUGUUGCAACAUUUGAAGUUUCAAAUGUGCUCUCCAAGCUUCCUAUAAUCCAUGAUGCAAACGUGUAUGGGGUGGAAAUACCAGGCUCAGAAGGCCGCGCUGGUAUGGCUGCCAUCCAUCUUGAGGAUGACAAAGAACCAACGGCCGCCAUAUUGAAGGAUAUAUUCCAACACUGCAAGGAAAGUCUUCCCAGCUAUGCCAGACCACUGUUCCUGCGAUUCCCAAAAGAGGCGGCCAUUACUGUGACCAUGAAGCAGCAGAAGACAGAGUUCAGAAAAGAUGGAUUCCAUCCUCAAAAUAUUCCAGAUCCUCUGUUUUACUAUAAUGAACCAGCGGGGACUUAUUCGCCUCUCACAAUGGACAAUAUCCAGCAGUUCUUGACAAAGUCAAGAUUGUGAAAUAUAUUCAUGUAUAUUUAGGGUACAAUCAGACAUUAUGUUUGGGUGUACAACAAUCAUUUUAUUUGAAAUUUAAAUUGAUUACAGAUUUAAAACAAUAACAAUUGUGAAAUAAAUUUAAGGAAUGUAUGUUGUUAAAAAAUAUUUUGCAUGUGCAAAUAAUUUUUUAAAUUAUAUUUUCAAUUUCUGAACAUAUUUUUUGUCAUAUUCUUAAUUGAGAAUAGAAAAAAAAACUUAUCAAAUACGUCACCCAUAAUGCACAUUAAUAUAUUGAUCUAGUCCUUAUAGUUAAAGUUUAUUGGCGCAAAUGUAAAACCAUUAAGAUAAGUCAUUAAACAGCUAGUCAAAACUGUAACUUUGUGAUUUAUCUUGCAAUUUUAUAAUAAAUUAGCAGCAUGUGGAGGCUACUUGUCAGGUGUAUCACCUUUCUUUUUACAUCAAAGAUGAAGAUCACACUUAGAUGUCACAAGUCAAAUAUGGUCAUCAAACACCUUGUAUUUGACAUUAUUGGAGUCGUGAGACAAGAGAUGAAUGUAUUUGGCAUCCAUGUCGUAUGGACACAUGUCUUGACACAAUUUUAAAUGUAUGCAAACAUUUUUAACCAUUUACUGCAUAUAGAUUUUAAUCAAAGAAGUAAUUGCAAAAGGCCGCCGUUAAGUGUUUUUAUGAUGUUAAAGAAUAUUCUCAGGAAUACACAUUGUGCUUAGUGUUGAAAAUUCAUAGCAUUGAUAAUUCAUAGUGUUGAGAAUUAAUAGUGUUGAGAAUUCAUAGCAUUUAAAAUUCAUAGUGUUAAGAAUUCAUAGUGUUGAAAAAUCCUAGUGUUAACAAUUCAUAGUAUUGAUAAUUCUUAGUGUUGAGAAUUCAUAGCAUUGAGAAUUUAUAAUGUUGAGAAUUAAUAGUUUUGAGAAUUCAUAGCAUUUAAAAUUCAUAGUGUUGAGAAAUCCUAGUGUUGAGAAUUCAUAGCAUUUAUAAUUCAUAGUGUUGAGAAUUCAUAGUUUUGAGAAUUCAUAGCAUUUAUAAUUCACAGUGUUGAGAAUUCAUAGUGUUGGGAAUUCAUAGUGUGAGCAUUUAUAAAAUCUGGUAAUUGUCUACAUUCCUCCAUUUCAUAUUUAGAAUUGCAUUUUGUAUUUGUUGUGACUGUUCACUAAAUAAGAUUGUUAGAUGAUGGACAAAUUACUCAUUUACAUUUCAAUUGUGGUGCUAACAAAUGUUGGGAUUUUCUAAAACUGGGCAACACCAUAUGGUAUAAUUUGGCUCUGGUUUAAAUAAUAGAUGUUGUUGUAUACUAAUUGAUAUUUAUACACAUGUAUUUUGAAUUUUAUAAUGUUUUUUUAGGUGGUUGAUUUUCAGUUAUAUAUUUGUAUGAACACCUUAAGAUAAUCAUAUUUUAUUUGUGUUAUAGUUUUCAUAUCAAUUUUGCCUUCAGUGAGAAAUGUAUUCAGGGAUUGUAGAAGUAAUGUAAUAUGUUUAAAUGUUUGCUCACUGUAAAAGAUUGCUUGCUUUGAAAACAUGUUCUUUACUUAUCAUGUCAUGUAUGGAAAAAAGAAUUGUUAUGACAUUGACGAACAUGAUAAUUUAAUACCUUCUACUUUUGUUAGGUAUACUUCAGUAUUAUAAAUACAUGUACAUUGAUUCAAUGGUUGUGAAUGUUUAUGCAUGUUUUGAACAUGUAAUUGUUUUAUAUUUAAACAAAUACUUUCCAAUAAUAUUAAGCAGAUUUGUUAUUAUUGAAUGUUCAGAAAAUUGUUAUUUAAAAUCCAUGCAAGCACUUAAUAAAAGAGUAUUAGUUAUUA